AAGCGGCAAUUCACAAUAGGUUUGGGCCGCGUACAUUGUCUUUUGUUCUUGUGUUCUUAUUGAUUUUGAAAAUAAAAUUUGCUUAUUUCAUAGAAAAAAAUGGAUACGGUGGAACAAAAUGAUAAUACUAACCGAGAUGAAUUGAUAAUGCAGCAACAACGCGAAAUUGAAAAAGAGAUUAGUGAUUCAACACCUUUGGUAAGCGAGCAGUUGCCAAUAACUUGCCUUAAUGCUGAGUAUCUUGGCGAUGCAGUUUUCACCUCAAAAAUUCAAGAUCUCGCUAGCAAAUAUAAGUUCAUGCGACGUACCAGGCCCGAUGGGAAUUGUUUCUUUCGCGCGUUCGCCUACGCUUAUCUAGAGCAUUUGAUUUCUAAUAAGGAGGAGUAUCAACGAUUCAAGGAGUUAGCGGACAAAUCAAAAGAUAAGCUUGUGCAAUUAGGUUUUCCCAGCUUUACUCUGGAGGAUUUUCAUGACACGUUCAUGGAAGUAGUUAAACGGGUGGACCCGGCAUCCGGUACGACAGAGUCAGUAAGUGCUGAGCUACAUAAAGUUUUCAAUGAACAAGGCUACUCGGAUUAUGUGGUUGUAUAUCUACGAUUACUUACAUCCGGAAAACUACAAGAAGAAGCUGACUUCUAUCAGCAUUUCAUAGAAGGCAACUUUACCAUUGAAGAAUUCCGUCAUCAGGAAGUAGAACCAAUGUAUAAAGAAUCCGACCAUAUACAUAUUAUAGCGUUAUGUACAGCAUUAGGAGUAGGAGUGCGUGUAGAAUACAUGGAUCGUGGCGAUACACUUGUAAAAGCUCACGAUUUUCCAGAGGGUAGUACGCCCAAAGUUUUUCUAAUUUAUCGGCCGGGUCAUUACGAUAUACUGUACCCCAAUUGAAAAGCAAAAGUGUACUAUAUUAAUAAUUAAUAGGGAGGAGCUAAGCUCUCAUAUAUUCUAAUUUGCGAUAAUUAUGUUACAUGCAUUUUUUCAUUGUGGCGCAGAUUAUGAGUAGCCGCUUUAAAUCAUUUUCCUAUUUUAGCACAUAUAUAAUGAAAACACCCUCCCUUUAUGAUUUUAAUUAUAAUUGGCAAAUAUAGCAUUCAGUCUUUCAGCUGUGACACUUUUGGAAUAAUAACAUUAAAUUUUUCCAGAUUAUGUGAAAAUUCCACUUGAGUAAUUUGUAUAUGCAAAAACAAAAACAAAUUUCAAAUUUAAUAAAAAGAAACUUAAUGGUCUUAAAA